AUGAGUGCAGGUACAGCGUGGCGAUGCGGCGUGCUGUGCCAUUCCCCUAUACCUCCCGUAAAGCCUCCCGUCCCUCCCCCAUGCUUCCCCGCAGCCGCGCCCGGCCAGGCAUGGUCGGCGCUCGUCCCGUGGGGCUGCGCGCUGUACGCCUCUCAGGCGGGCGUCGCGGCGCGUAUCAUGGUGGGGCGCGCGGGAGAGGUGCCCAUAGGGGAGGGCAAGGGAGGAUGGGCCGACAGUGCCGCCGCUUCGAGCACUCUUCAAUCCGAAGCUGCUGGCGCGGCGUCGGAGCAGCGUGGUGCGGGGUUGAGCGGGGGAGAGGGGGGUGCAGCAGGAGGCGCGGGGAGGCUAGUGGAGCAGCAAGGCCCGUCGAUCAAGGAGGAGUCAGCGGGUGGUGCGGGCGGGGGUGAUCAACCAGCACACUCUGCGGCUGUAGGUGCUGCAGCCGUUGAGGUUACGGAUGGCGCGAGCACAGCCGUUGGGGCCUCAGAUGGCUCAAUCGCAACCGUUGAUGCUUCACAUGGCAGCACGUCCGCUGGCAGUAACAGCGGCAAGGCCGGGGGCUCGUCAGAGGCGGCGGAGCAAGCAGAGCAAGCAGCAUGCGAGGGCGCUGCGCUGACAGAGGAGGCCGUGCGCGCAUGGCAGGCGGAGGAACACGCAGCGUUUGGGCGCGUGCAGGUGGAGGGGGGCGUGGAGGGGAAAGGGGUGGAGGGCGGGCAAGGGGGCGUGGCGGAGGCGGGGGUGAACGAGGAGGUGUGCUUCACGGUGCGAGCAUUGGAUUCCAAUGGGAGGGCAUUUGACAACGGGUGCAGGUAG